GAUAGACAUAUACACGCAACGGACUGAAUAAUGGCCUCCUCCGGCAAGUAUUGUUUUGCUAUCGAUCGCGGCGGCACCUUUACCGAUGUUCUCUGCAUCUGUCCCGGCGGUCGAGUGCGCACCAUGAAGCUUCUCUCCGAAGAUCCCGAACGCUACAGUGACGCACCCCGUGAAGGCAUACGGCGCAUACUGAAAGAGGAAACUGGCGCAGAUCUGACUGCAGCGGGUCUGGUGGACACCUCAAUGAUUGGCUGGGUGCGCAUGGGCACCACUGUGGCGACAAAUGCUCUGCUCGAGCGCAAGGGUGAUCCAGUUGUCCUGGUUGUUAACACCGGUUUCCGUGAUCUCCUCUACAUUGGCAACCAGGCGAGGCCAAAGAUAUUUGACCUCAAUAUACGCAAGCCGGCGAAUCUCUACCAGACUGUCGUCGAGGUCAACUGUCGAAUUGUACCCGAGCAGCCCGAACGCUGUCAGCUUAGUAAGUUAACCUCAAAUUUUUGGCCCAGCUGUUUACCAACGAAUUAUCUUUCAGAUCAUCAGUGGAAAGUGCUGCAGGGCAUUACUGGUAGCAAUUACUUUGAAGUGGAGCCUGUGGAUGAGUCUGCCGUUCGGGUGUCCUUAGGUGCCGCUCGCCAAAAAGGCAUCAAUUCAGUGGCCGUGGUGCUGGCACACAGUUACGCCUGUCCGGAGCACGAGUUGCGUAUUGGAGAGAUUGCCACCCAGCUUGGAUUCAGUCAUGUCACACUCUCCCACAAGGCGAUGCCCAUGUGCCGGGUGGUGGCCAGAGGCUACACAGCCUGUGCGGAGGCCUAUUUAACACCACACGUCGAUCGUUACCUAGCCAGCUUCAAGUCGGGAUUUGAGAAUCAGCUGAGUGGCGUUGAUGUGCUCUUCAUGCAAUCGGACGGUGGCUUGACCAACAUGGAGAAUUUCCGUGGGGCUCGUGCGAUACUCUCCGGGCCAGCAGGUGGCGUCGUGGGCUACGCUUUGACUGGCUGUCGCGAAACGGAGUUACCAUUAAUUGGCUUUGAUAUGGGCGGCACUUCGACGGAUGUGUCUCGAUAUGCUGGCAGUUAUGAGCACGUGAUUGAGAGCACCACGGCUGGCGUGACAAUCCAAGCCCCACAAUUGGACAUCAACACAGUUGCAGCGGGUGGCGGCUCUCGACUCUUCUUUCGCUCUGGCAUAUUUGUUGUUGGUCCCGAAUCAGCCGGCUCCCAUCCAGGACCCACGUGCUAUAAGAAGGGCGGACCCUUAACCGUCACGGAUGCCAAUCUGAUGCUCGGUCGGAUUCUGCCGCAAUACUUUCCAAAGAUAUUCGGCCCGAAUGAGAGCGAACCGCUUGACUAUGAGUUGACCAGGAAGAAGUUCGGUGUGCUGCAGUCGGAUAUCAAUGCUCAUUUGAAGGUCACCGGUGAUCCCCGAGUGUUGACAAUAGAGCAAGUGGCUCUAGGUUUCAUUCGCGUUGCCAACGAAACUAUGUGUCGUCCGAUACGAGCUCUGACCCAAUCCCGUGGCCUGGACACCGCCAAUCAUGUGCUGUCCUGCUUUGGCGGCGCUGGAGGUCAGCAUGCUUGCUCCAUAGCCAGAAAUCUGGGUAUUGCCAAAGUUGUGGUGCAUAAAUAUGCGGGCGUACUAUCUGCCUACGGGAUGGCUCUGGCUGAUGUUGUCCAGGAGGUGCAGGAGCCCAGUGGUAUUGAGUUCAAUGAAGCGAAUGCUAAGCUCUUGAAGUCGCGUCUAGAUGCAUUAUCGGAGCGGUGUCAUGCUCAGCUUGCACAGCAAGGAUUUAAACGAAUUGAGUUGCAACCAUUUCUGCAUUUGCGCUACGAGGCAACAGAUGGCGCCUUGAUGUGCUCUCCAACUGCUGAUGCUGGAAUUCAAUCUGCAUCAGCACUGAUUGCUGCUUAUGGGGACUUCCAGGUGACUUUCCUGGAACGCUACCGUACCGAGUUUGGGUUUGUGCUGCAGAAUCGACGCAUUAUCGUGGAUGACAUACGCAUUCGAGGACUGGGCAAGAAUGAAACGCCCCCUGAGCUGCAGGUGGAACGUGCCGGAGAGCAAACGCCAACGGCCGAGGGGAAUACCCAGGUUCACUUUGAUGAGGGCUCCUACGAUGCACCCAUCUAUUUGACUAAGAAUUUGCGGGCUGGUCAUCAAAUCUCUGGGCCAGCUGUGCUCAUCGAUCAAUUGUCCACGAUUAUCGUGGAGCCCGAGUGUGACGUCCAUGUGACCAGCUAUGGUGAUCUGAUUAUGAAUGUGCAAACCAGUGGCAAGCAUGGCAUCAAUGCCGAAUUGGAUCCAGUCCAUCUGAGCAUAUUUAGCCAUCGUUUCAUGAGCAUCGCCGAGCAGAUGGGCAGGGUGCUUCAGCGUACCUCAAUUUCAACUAACAUUAAGGAACGUCUGGACUUCUCUUGCGCACUAUUUGGCCCGGAUGGUGGUCUCGUGAGCAAUGCUCCACAUAUUCCAGUGCACCUGGGUGCCAUGCAGGAGACGGUGCAGUAUCAGUUGCGCGUGCGGGGAGACACAUUAAAGAAUGGCGAUGUCAUCUUGGCAAAUCAUCCACAAGCUGGUGGCUCCCAUUUGCCAGAUCUGACAGUUAUUACACCAGUGUUUUAUGAAGGCCAACCACGUCCAGUGUUCUUUGUGGCAUCGCGUGGACAUCAUGCGGACAUAGGAGGCAUCACGCCGGGCUCGAUGCCACCGCACUCGACAUCUUUGGCCCAGGAGGGCGCCGCCUUCAAGUCGUUCCUCAUUGUGGAGAAUGGUGUAUUCCAGGAGAAGCAGAUUGUGCAACGUCUGACAACGCCAACGGACGCUAAAGGAGCUGUCGGUACAAGGAAUUUGAGCGAUAAUCUGUCCGACCUAAAAGCGCAGAUUGCGGCCAAUCAUAAGGGGAUUCACCUGGUGUUGGAGCUGAUUGAUAGCUAUGGCUUGGAUGUCGUCCAAGCCUACAUGACGCAUAUACAAAAGAAUGCCGAGCUUGCCGUGCGCGAUAUGUUACGCCAAAUCGGAAAGGAUACAUUGGAGAGGACCGGCUCCACUGUGCUCGAAGCCCAAGAGUUUAUGGAUGACGGCUCACCCAUUAAGCUGCGAGUCACCAUUGAUCCUGAUAACGGAUCGGCCUUGUGCGAUUUCACCGGCUCCGGUCAAGAAGUUUGGGGCAACUGUAAUGCUCCACGUGCGAUAACCUUAUCGGCUCUCAUUUACUGCCUCCGUUGCAUGGUGGGACACGAUGUGCCACUUAACCAAGGUUGUCUGGCGCCCAUUCAGGUGGUGAUACCCAAGAACUCCAUAUUGGAUCCUUCAGAAGGCGCCGCUGUUGUUGGUGGCAAUGUGCAGACCUCACAGCGCAUUGUGGACACGGUGCUGAAGGCAUUCCGGGCCUGUGCCGCCUCCCAGGGCUGCAUGAACAACAUCACCAUUGGCGAUGAUCAGUGGGGCUAUUAUGAAACCGUUGCUGGUGGUUCGGGUGCUGGUCCGGGCUGGCAUGGUGCUGGUGGUGUACACACACAUAUGACCAAUACUCGUAUUACUGAUCCGGAGAUUCUGGAAUUACGCUAUCCCAUGAUACUGAAGCGUUUCUGUCUGCGCACCGAUGGCUCUGGUGGUCGUGGCCAAUUCCUUGGAGGCGAGGGCGUCGAACGGGAUUUACUCUUCCGCAAGCCGGUUACAUUAUCCGUUCUCACUGAACGUCGUACACUUCAGCCGUAUGGUCUCGCUGGCGGAGAAUCAGGCAAGCGUGGACGCAAUCUCAUUGUUAAGCAUGAUGGAAGAGUUAUUGCCCUCGCUGGCAAGACCUGUAUUGAUGUUGAGACGGGGGAUACAUUUGCAAUGAAAACACCUGGUGGCGGUGGAUAUGGACACAUCGAUGACGCGUCCAAAGUUGAAGUGUCAUCCAAUGAAAACACACAGAAGUUUGUCGAACGUGGCACAGUUCAUGAUUAUCGGCAAGCACAGGAGUCUGCAUAAAAAUGCAUUAAAUCAAUUUUUCUUAAAUUAAAUUUUAUUGAAAAUAAAAAUGAUUUUAUACAAAUUUA